AUGUUGAUUCCGUACCACUGGUGGCUGCUGUUUGAGACGGUUAGCAAUGUGCUACCGCUGCUCGGUAUGAAGGGAUCGUUCGAGCGUUUUGAGCAAUUUUUGGGCGAAGAGUACAUCGACUUCGAUCUACGUGUGCGUAAGUUCAAUCGCACUACGAUGACCUUAAAUGGUACGAUCUACAUAAAUAAACGCAUAGAUGAUACGAUUCAGUUCUCAAGUAACAUUUUUCUUAGCCGGUUGGGAAAUCAACAGUUUCAGCAUUAUCCAAUGCACCUGCCAACCCAAGGCCUCUGUGAGAUGAUACAGCACGUGCAUGACGAGUACACGUCAGCUAUUGAAGAUAUUGUCAACGUUCCCAGCGCUUCCGAGUGUCCGAUUGAAAAGCGUGCGAUGUACGUACGGGACAAGAUAGUGCCGAUGGACGUGAUACCGGAUUCUUUGUCCAGCGGUCUGUGGAAGCUGGUGAUAUCUGGCGAGCUGAACGACACGAUAGUUAUACGGUUUAUGGUUAGUGCUCGGUUGAGCGAUGACUAUGGGUUUGGAUUUUGAAAUCAUGGUAGC